AUGGCUGAGGACUCCAGCGUCUUGAGGGACGCAGGGCGCAACCAUUUACGGGCACCAGUAGAGCAGAAUCAACAGCAACAGCCCCAAAUUCAACCCACGCCGCUUCAUAAAGCUUCUGAUUCAGCCGAAUUUACAUCAGAGCUUCCGGACUAUUCUCCUCAGGAGAGUGAUGGUUUUGUCCGCACUGGCACAGCCAGCACAUCAGGGUUACCUAUCGGUCGUCGCAUGCGAUUGACACUUGGUCAGAAGCGUGAGGUGGUAGAUUUGGCCGCAAGUAAAAAAUUUACACACCGCGAGUUGGCUGAAAAGUUUUGCGUAGGGCGUACUACCAUAACCAACAUCUGCAGACAAGAAGACCUCAUUCGUACCGAGACGGACUCGGCUGACGCGACUAAAAAGAAGCGAAAAACGACAAAGUGCACGUACGAUCUGCGAGUUCUCGACGAGUGUUUGCACAAAUGGCGAAUGGAGGUGAAAGUGUCAAGCCCUGAUACUAAGCUCACGGGCACUGUACUACAGCAUAAGGCUAUGGAAAUGGCUUGUAAACUUGUUCAAGAGCCAUAUGCAGCAUUACCUGACAAAGUGAAACACGCAUUGCAAAAGUUUACAGGAUCGAAUGGCUGGUUAGAUGGGUAUAGGACUCGAUUCGGAUCGUUUAGUAGCAAGCAACUUCCUUCAGGAGGCGACCAGAGUGUAAUCAAGAGUGUGGACAUCCAGACAAGACUGAGAGAAUUGCACCAUGCCUUUAGCGGUGCGGAACUGGAUGAUAUCUGGACGGGCAGUGAGUUUGCCGUGGUGUAUCACCCCAAUGCGGCCAGUGGAAAUGGUAAAAGCAACGGCAGAUUUACAGUGUCACUGUUUGUGAGUGCUGCAGGAGAAAAACAUGAUUUGCAAGUGAUAGGUACAAACCAUAAACCCUUGAUGUUGGGAGGAAUUGACACGAAGAAGACGUACAGUAUUCAGUACGGAUACUCGAAGUCAGGUUGGCAGGUGGCCCAGACGACUGUGAGUAUGCUUAAAUCGCUAAAUGCGCUUGCAAGAGCACGCAAGCGCACGUUUCGAGUGGUUCUAGACUCGGCCGUCCCUCACGUAAAAGCUGCUAUGAUUCUGGAUUCUCAAGGAGACCAACGUACGUUCUUUGUGUACGAUCACCUUCAAAUUUACUUUUUGCCACCAAAUUUCAAGACUUUGCGUUUUCACCCGUGCCAUCUUGGGGUAAUUCAAGCUUUCAAGACGAUUUUCCGAUGUGAGAUGGUGGAAACGCUUUUUAAUAAUUAUCGUUUGAGCUUAAUGACUCCAAAUUCACGCGGAUUUCACCCGCAACGCCAUUUGCAUACGCGCAACGUUUUUCAUUGGUUUUGUGUGGCUUUACACAGCCUUAACAAACAUCUUAUACAAAGUUGCUGGGUUCGUAGUGGCUUACUGCCCACACAAGCAAUUGCAUCUCUUAAUUUGCGACUUGUUCUUAGUCACAGCAGCACCAAUAGCUCCCCAUUUAAUGCAGUUUCAAAUAAGGUUAUCAGCAAUACCGACAGGAGCAACGGCAGUGCAACUUCAGAAGCAAAUGGUAUUAUUGGAUCCAGUUUGACCAAUAGUGCUGGCUUCCCGGUAUCAUCUAAUGGAGGCGUGCCAUCUGCAGUGCCACAUUACACCGAGCUGCAGCAGCUGUUAACCAAUAUCGCCCACGUUGCUCCUGACAUUCUCCGCUGGAUAGGCGUCAGUGACCCUUCGAAUGCUCAGGCGUUUGUAGAUCUUGAAGGCAAUGCUUCUGUGACCGAUCCAGGAAUCGAUGAAGUUCAGAUCAUUCGCGGCGUUCUUCAAAAGCAUGGGUAUUUAUCUUCAUUGAGACUCGAUAGCAGCCAUACAGAUGAUACAUACGAAAGUCUUGAAGAUGUCGCCGAUGAAUCCUGUCCGCGACAUGAGGAGGUGAUCUCGUCCAUUAAUAUCCUGAAGCGAUACUUACGCUUGUCACCAGACACAAUUUCAAGCCGAACUAGUUUAAUUGUACAGCUUAACGAAGUGAAGCGUGCUGUGAAUGUUGCCUCGUCAACUCGCACUUUUUAA